AUGAGUGGAAUUUUUCCCAUUUCCUGCGUAUUACGGACGACACCGUUUCUGGAUCCCGUGUGUUGCAGCACCUCAGGGUGUGAACGAGAGCACACGAAGAGCGCUCGCGACCCAGCAGGCUGUAAUAUCCAAGUCAUCCCCGAGAAGAGGCCGGAGCCGGAGCGGGGCGGCCCGCGGGGGGCCAAGGAGAAGAAGGCACGCUUGUCAGCAGAAUUGUUUGGUGAGGACUGUAAAAUCAGCCAUGACCAGGUGUAUGAGUUCUUGAAGUACGCAGCUUUGGGAAAACAUCACAAUGCAGCUCAACCCAGCUGGUGUCAUAUUCAUCACCAAAGACGCCUGGCUCGGGUUGUGGUCAUUGUUCUACAUGAAGUGAGCCAGCUUCACUUCUACAGGUUCUAUUUACAGUUCAGACAUCUCAGAAAGUCAUUCCCGCAUAGAUUCAGUUUACCGCCUGAUUCAGCUAAUUUUAUAGCCAGCAUGUGCAGAGAAGGAGUGAGUGCAAAACACCAUAACAGUGCACAAGCGUCACCUCAUGUCUCCAAUGGACAUAUCCUUAAGAGCGCCAACUUGGAACGAGACCCCAUUGUUCAGAAAUAUGGAGAAGAAAAACAUGGUCUUACCACCUACACUCUAACGGUGCAAGAGAUGAAAGAAAAUAAUUAUCCUUUAGAAGGAUCGCCUGGGUGUCUACAUUUUGUCCACACUGAAUGCAACAGCCCAAGGACAGACAGCAGCCCCCUCUUUGGGUUGGAUUGUGAAAUGUGCCUCACUACGAAGGGGAACGAAGUCACCCGAGUCUCACUGGUGGAUGCACAGGGCCAAUGCCUCCUGGAUGAGUUUAUAAAACCUGAGACCCAGAUUCUGAACUACUUCACCAGGUACUCAGGAAUCACAAGGAAGAUUCUUCUUCCAGUGAAAACCAAACUUGCAGACGUCCAGGACAAACUAAAGAAAUUGCUUCCCCAUGAUGCAAUAUUGGUGGGUCACUCUUUAAAUGCUGAUCUCCAAGCUUUACAAAUGAUCCAUCCCAGUGUUAUUGACACUUCAUUGCUUUUUGCCAGAAGUGGAGGUCGAAGAUUCAAGUUAAAAUUCUUAGCAAAAGCUGUUUUAGGGAAGGAAAUUCAGUGUGAAAACAAGCUUGGUCAUGAUCCAACAGAAGAUGCUCAAGCUGCACUUGAACUGGCUCAGUACUUCAUUAAACAGGGGCCUUGCAAGGUAGAAGAACUAAACUUGGAGACACUGCUAAUUGCUCAAAAAGCAAGUGAGAUCUCACAACAGAAGUCCACCUUAUACCUACAGCUGAAUGGAGUCCAACAGCAAUCAAGCAAAGGUUCCAGCAUACCCCAGCUAUGUUUUUUAGAUUUUUUGCACUUGGCUGGCCAAAAAACCCUCCUUUUGGGUGGACGGGACCUAGCCUCCCCUGGUUCGUGUCAGAAUGGCCAGAGACCUUCAAACAAACAGAUUCUUCAGAGAGCCGUAGAAGAAGUUCCCCUGUCCUCCUUCAGUGUCGUUCAGUUUAGUUUGCGUUCAAAGCAUGUCGUACCUGCCCUCAUAGCUGAUAUUUGUGAAAAGAUGAAAAUCAAGCUGGGUGACUUGCUGACUCUUUAUGCAGGCCCAUUUGGUAAAGAUUUCUGCCUGAAGUCUGUAAAGAAAGAAUUUAAGAAGUAUGGUCCAAUUCGAUCACUGACUGUCAUCACUGAAACACACCAGCCCCACAUCUGUAUCCAGUAUGAAGUACUAGAGGCUGCCCAGCUUGCUCUAGAGAGUCUGAAUGGAGCCAAGAUUGCAGGAUCCUGCAUUAAGGUUCAGAGACCCGUCUCUGCAGUUACAUUAGAUUGCAACACCUUGAUAAAGGAGCUGGAAAUGGAUGUAGAAAAUGAAAGGGUGAUUUAUAUGGCAGGAGUAAAGAAAAGCCUAACAGAGACAGACUUGCAAGAAAAAUUGAGUCAACUGAAAGACCUGAAAGCUCUCUUCUUGCCUAGAGACCAUAAAAAUGGGAAGCGCCAAAGUUACUGUUUCUUGAAAUUCCAAACUGCAGAAAGUGCUUCAAGUGCACUCGAGGCUAUAAAGAGAUGGGCAACUAUGGGCAGCAAACUGAGAAGCAGAAGAGCUCUCACUCCUAGCCACCUCAACCAAUGGAUUAAUCACAUAGCUCACCAGGACACACAGUCGCUUCAGAAAAGAGAAAAUGUUCUAUACAUGAAAAAGAAGCAAGUCUCUACGUGUGAGCAAGACCUAAGGGAAAAACUGAAGAAGUUAGACUGCAGAAUCAAAAAGCUUUAUAGAAGCCUACAGAAUAAUACACUUUGUGUCGUUCUGCUGCCAGGCACGAACAGUGUACAGAGAUCACUAUCUGGCUUGGGCCUGAUGGGAAUAAAAGAUGAUGCCGGGAAGAGCACGUGCUAGACUGCCACAUUUUAGCAGCCUUUUGUUAAUGUUUUUAAUAACUUUAAAUAUUAAUGUCUUCAUGAUGAUCUUGUGCCUCAAGAACAAUAGGCUUCCCCCAUACAUUCUAUCAAGUCUAAAAAUAAAAGCUAUUCAAAACUGUUACAGCAGCAAAUGUUUUCCAUU